AUGUCCACCAAACCGGUUGAAAUCGUCUUUGGGGCGAUUCAGUUCGGUCAAUUUCCAGAGAUUAAGGGCCGCACGCUCCCAUUCACGACUGUUGACCAAGUUCGCCCCAUGUUGGAUGCUUUCCAAGCCCACGGUCACAACAAGGUCGAUACCGCUCGUAUUUACGGGGGUGGAUUCUCAGAAAAGCUCCUGGCUGACGCAGAUUGGCAAUCAAGGGGUUUGCGCGUGGAAACAAAGCUCUAUCCGACCAAGUCACGCCCUCUUGGCCCACAGAAUGUGCCGUAUAGCCACGCGCCGGAGGACCUCAGGGCGGGUCUUGAGGCCAGCCUUGCCGCGUUGCGCACCAACAGUAUUGACACGUUUUACCUGUAUGCUCCCGACAGAACCGUACCCUACUCCGACACUCUUGCGGAAAUAGACCGUCUCCAUCGAGAUGGCCGCUUUACACGCUGGGGGCUAUGCAAUUUCCCAGCGUGGGAAGUAGCUCUGAUCAACGAAAUAUGUGCGAAAACCGGGUACAUUCCGCCCGCCGUCUACCAGGGACCUUAUAAUGCCCUCCUUCGAGUGGUCGAGCCUGAGCUUCUCCCGUGUCUACGCCACUACAACAUGUCCUUCGAGGCUGGUCAUCCCAUUGCGAACGGCCUGUUAACAUCCCGGUAUUAUCGAGAUAUGCCGGACGAUGCUCAUCUUCCGGGCGGACGCUUUGACCCCAGUCAUUAUCUAGGUCGUCAUAUUCGCGGCAAGUAUUGGCACUCAGCCUACUUCGAUGCCUUGGAAGAGAUACAGAAUGGGGCAUCGGUGCAUAACCUGACCGUGCUAGAGUGCGCCUUGCGCUGGUUGCGUUAUCACAGCGGGUUGCGAGGAGAUUAUGGCGAUGCAAUCUGUAUCAGCGCCAGCAACCUCGAACAGCUUGAGGAGCUUCUUGCUGACCUCGAGAAGGGACCACUUCCGGAAGAAAUGGUGCGCGUGAUGGAGAUAGCAGGUGUCAAAGCCCGUGUGCAACCGGCAGUCUAUUACAAUUAG